AUGCCCCGAGCCAGAGCAGCAUCCACAGCCCUGAGGCUUGCCAAUGAGAGCGAAGCUGUUCGACCGGGCCCCGCUUGGGCCCCGCUUGGACGGGCCUUGCUGCAUCACUGGCAGAAGCUUCAGGCUGGGGCAACUUCCUCCGCCCCUCCGCUGCUGUAUUGGUCGAACUUGCGGCCCGGUGAGCCAGAGACGCUGCCACCUGAGCUCUUCUUCCGGAGGCCAGCUGAGAUGUCGGCGCUGGAGAGGCGUGCCCUGGAGCUGUGCCUCCGGCAGGGCGGCAGGGCUGUAGACCUCGGCGCUGGGGUGGGCAGCCACGUGCUGGCUCUCCAGCAGCGGGGCUUGCAGAUUUCGGGUUUGGAGCUGUGCGUUGAUGCUGUGGAGGUGAUGAAGGCCCGUGGCGUGGAGUGUCAAGCGGGUUCAUUUUGGAAUCUGCCGGCUGCCACGAAAUACGACACCAUGCUUAUGCUGAUGAACACGGCAGGCAGAAAUUGA